GGGCAAAGGGUCUUCUCCAUUGGUCAGUGGGGGAAGCGGGCAAGAGGUUAAAUUGCAAGCCAUGGAUUGGAGGGAGUGGGACAUGGAGGACGAGGAGGAGCUGCAGUUUUAUUUGGAGCUGAGCUGUGAGGACGAAGAUGAGGAGGUCUCUGGGCUCCUCCAGGAGGAGGCGGGUGGCGGGCAGCAGCUGACUGGGCACCUCCUGCUGGUGCCCGCGCCUGAGCGGAUGAGCCAGGUCCUGGACGAGACCUUGGGCCCGUUGCCCGUCCUGGCACCUGUCCGGAAAUUCAAGAGGCAGCCGGCUGGGCACUACGACGCCGGCACCGAUGUGCAGGAGCUGUUCGGCAAGAGGCGGGCAGCCAAUGCCAGGGAGAGGCACCGGGUCCAGAGCAUCAACGGUGGCUUCUCCAAGCUGAAGAGCAUUGUUCCGCUGAUUCGGAAAGACCGCAAGCCCAGCAAGGUCCACGUGCUGCGGGCAGCGUCGGAAUAUAUCCGCCUCCUGCACAACGUCCUGCAGGAGGCUGCUGCUGCUGAG